AUGGCUAAUACCAUUCCUUUCGCUGCUGUUGGCUCCCGCAGUACCGCGCUGCAGAAGGCGUUUAUUCGGGAGUUGCUGUCAGGCCAGGACCCUAAGGGAUAUGCAGCGCUCUGCCGGGCUAUUGCCUCUGCGAAGGCAUCGGAUUACGCUGCUAUUCAGGCGCCUUUCCUACUUAUUGCCGGCGAAGAAGACAAGUCUGCUUCCAUGGAGGGAUGCCAGCACAUUUUUAAUCAUGUCUCGAGCCAGAACAAAUCUCUUGAGUUACUGAAGGGAGUUGGUCAUUGGCAUUGCAUUGAGGCUGGUGAUGAGGUCGGGGGAUUGAUCGCGAAGUUUGCGAGUGGUAUCUAA